AUGGUAAUUAAUAUCGAUAUACGAUUAAAGCUGCUUUUAAGUGAAAAAAUCUAACUGUCUUCAUGUGACUAUUCUUCAACAAGCAUUACUCACUAUUAUAAAGAUAAUAUACAUUUCUUAGACAAUCCAUGUAUCAUUUUACACUUGAUUAAUAAGUUCACUCAUCCUUUUUAUGAUUUAAAUGCAAAUGAAAUGGUCAAUCUCAAAUUUCAUCCCCUGUUUGCUCAUUAAAUUAUGAACUAUUCUAUCAGGUAAUUUAACUUCAUUAUAAUUUUAAUAGGUUUCGAUUAAUUUGA